AUGAACAGGGAUUUGCCGGGAACAGCUGGCUUCACAGGUUACUCUACCGAAGACAACAGCCGUUCUCUCAUGAUCGCCAAAUUCCUAUGCCCGAUGUCGGCCAUAAGCGGGAACUUCGAGAAUGGCGACGAAGACGUGUCUUUGUUAUCGGGAUUUCGGUAAGUAGACGUUCAGAGAUUAAUUCUUCGUCAGUAAAAUCAGUAUCAUCGUAUUUUCUCUGUGUGAUAUGACUUGCUAAUGCCGAUAAUUAACCACAAAAGCGCGAAUCUUCACCAGUUAAAAUCUUAGAACCUUCAUCAUGUCGUUGUGAGCCUUGUCUCGGGAUUUUUACAUAUGAAAAUCAAAGUGUGCUGUUGACUCGUUGAAGAUAUGCUGCGUUAAUUUUUAAAGCGAUAUGUUUAAAUUAUUCAACAAAGUUUUCCAGAAGAAUGGUGAUUCGAUAAUGCACUAACCAAAACAUGAAAAAAAAAAUUGCAGUUUAUUUAACAUACUACGGUAUGGUUAGAACAUGAACUCACAUUCGAAGUAAUGAUAACGCGUGUUUAUGAUGCGCCGUGACGUGAAACUUCGACAUUUUAUCGCCGAGCUAUAGAGGAAGAGUUGUGUGUCUAACCGAUAAAGAAUAGUAAAUUCAGAAGAAGGCUUUUAGAUUUGUAUGACAACAAUAUUUUGCGGCAUCGUGAACUGGAUGCACCAUGGUGUUUUGUUGAGUAACACGUGAUUUUUGUGAUGAGUUGAACUCUUUUUUAAAAGGUGUCGGCGUUGUGACCGAUCAUAUCUGGUUUCAUGCUAAAUUUGUCUCUUGGUGUACGUAUCUGAGAAUAAUUAUGAACAUGGUUUUACGCAUAGGAGUAUGGGAAAAAUUCAUAUGUACUUGGCUUUUGUAAGUAGAUGAUGUUUUACGAAAAGAGCUGAGAGCUCUUAACCGGCUUUGAAGAUUUUCGGAUAGAUAAACCAGUGAAAAUAAGCUAGCGAAUCUUUUUAUUUACUUAUACUCUGAUAGACUGGUUCGGCAUCCCGCCGGAAUGGACUAUAUAUGAUCAAAAUGAUAGGUGGUAGGUACCAGGGAUGCCGUUGGGGUAACAUGUCAUCUCCCUCCCCACCUCCUUACUCACAAAUCCGUAUAACGAUACGAUGAUUUGAAUUUCACUGAUAACACUUCCAAAUCUACUCUUUUGCCUGUUAAUCGGAAAAUGAAAAAUUAAUCUUGGCAUGCAAAAUGAAUUAUUUCUACGACAGGAACAGAGUUCGCAGAAGGCUGAUAUGGCUAGAAAUAGAUCUGUCUUUUUGAAAGAAAGGAGAACGAGCUAGCAAUGCUGAGUAUCCAGUCUUCUGAAGUAGAGAAUUGCGUUCAUGUUUCAGAAACCCUGCAGUGAUUCUUUUAGGUGUUUUAAAACAAUUCUGUUAGAAAAUUUCAUCUUCUUUAUUAUUUUAAUCUCUGCGCAUAUUUUUUUAAGUUACAUCUUGUUUAGUUCCAUCAUUUUCUCUAUAUGAACUAUGAAGUGAUGAAAAUAUCUGUAUUGUAAUAAUCAUACAGUUGCUACAAAGUGCUCUUCAAAUUUUCAACCGGAAGUGAAGCCUCAAAGUGAGCCUGCGACACAAAUAUCAGUUGUCAGCGGAUAUUGCCAUCGCCACAUAGAAUGGAGGGCGAUUCAGGAACUCGGUCGACCAUAUUGUGACUUCGUGAUAUAGACGACAAAAAUUAUCAGGAUACUGUUUGUUUUUUCUCGACCUUCCCCGCUUUUGACGAGAUCAAAUCCUUUUAUCACUGAUUUAUGAUGGGUGGAUAGUCGAAUUUUAUCCCAAACAUGAGCGAAGCGGCCAAAGAGCGUGUUAUAGCGCUCGGAACUCAGUUCAACACGAUGGAACAUUCUGCUUCAGAAGAUCCAACUCUUGUGACUUUUGAAACGGGUAGUCCGAAAAAAUCCUUUUGGAAAAGAAACACGAGUAAAUUACCAGGAAGGUAACGUUAUUUUCCGUCGAUUAAGUGCCAUGUUUGAAGCCCUUUUAUUGAUUUAAUGUACUUUCUAAACAGUAUAAAACCCGCACAUGGGACUCAAGACUUGUUGUCUUCGAGCGUUUUGCCAAGUGCCAACCAGACUUCCAGGUACGUUUAGUCUAUAACGUCUGCUCAUGAUGGCGUGAUAAAGUUAGUUAUCAAAGAAGUUGCGUGUGUAUACUUCCUUCUAGCACUCUGUAGAUUUGUUGAAUACCAAACUUUCAUCCGUUCUGAGAUCCUAGGGAAAGUUGAACGACUGUGUUUACAUUAAAUUAAAAUCUUGUUGAAAAGUUGAGUCGGUUAGUCUUUUGAAAUGAUCACGAUGUUUUCUUUCUCCUAUUUUGCCAAGAGUGUGGUUAUUUUUUUAGAGCGGCCGAGUCAAUUAAUGAAUCUAACAGGCGAUCUUCGUUCAGUGGUGGUUCAUUCUAAUUUUUGAAUAUAUAAUUUGCUUACCACUGCACUAAUUGCGGAACAUUUUUAAUAAACUUAUUCAAGAAUUCCUUGGUUGAAUUUCACUUUAUCUUUUGUACAAUAACGUAUCGAAUUUCUUUCAUUACGGAACAGAAAAUAACGCAUUUGAAUCCAAAUAGUCCCUGGUAUUGAUUUUAGAAUUUGAUCUAUCGCGAGAUUAUCCAGGAAGCCUUUAUGUUAUUUUUACAAUCAUCGUUAUUUGAGAUCAUUGAAAAGAGGAUUGGUUUAAAAAGGAAAGAUUAAUCGGACUUACAAAGGUGUCCUACUGCGUAUGACAAAGGAUUUUCAUAAAUAACUCUUAUUAAAGAGAUCAGACUUAAAUCUAUAUUGGUUUAGGCACUUCAAUACGUAUUCGUGUAAUUAAAUAACAAUAUAUGAAUACGCCAGCAAAUAAUGUUUAAAUUAUCGAAUGCUUAUUGGGCAGAAAGUUUAUGCACUUAAUGAUAAUAGGUAGAUUAAAUCUGGUGGUCAUUAAAAGUGUAGUAAUUUCUAAGUUAAAUUAAGGAUUGAGAAUCUCUACAUAACCUUAGGAUUAUUACAACAAUUUAAUUCCUUGGCUUACCAGAACUCGGCUAAGCUUUUCAUGCAACUUAAGCAAAAUAUUAUCAAAAGGUUUGCCAAAUAUCUAUGGUUAAAACACUCAGUUUUAUGAGUGAUGUCAGGCACUUGGUACAUCAAGCUUUUUCUUAACAUAAUAUUUUUGCUGUGAAUAUCUAAGAACCAUUUCUUCCUUUUGUCUCCCAACAUUUUAUUUUCAUAUAGCAUUUGAUGAUGAAUCAAGCAGUGUUGUAUAAAAUAUGGUUUCUUUCCUUCUCAUCAUGCUAGUAGAAUGAAGGCUACUCUCUCACAAAUAUUUUGUUGUGUUUUUCUGGAAGUCUCUUAGUGCACAUUUAUAUACCAAAGAGAAGAUAGGAACCCUGAAAAUAAAUUAUUAUGCACAAGGACUGAUCAAAAUGGUGCAAGAACUCAGGCCUUUUUAAAAAGUAGCACAGGGAACCUAAGGAAUCAGUUGUUAGGCCACAGGGUAAUCAUAAUCAUUACAAAUUCAUCAAAUAUUAUUGGUGCAUAUUGGAGCUUCACUUUUCACUAAUCAUUCUGUACAGUUGUCUGUACAGUUGUCUGUACAGUUGUCUGUACAGUUGUCUGUACAGUUGUAAUCAGACAGUGUAAUUGGACAAUUGAAACAUCCACUCAGCUAAUCCACCAAUCACAGAAAUGAUCAAAAUAAUCGUAGCAACAACCACUUAGCCAAAGAAAAACUGGGAAAUUUCCAAAAUAAAGGUCAUGGAAUUAUUAACAAAAGGCAUUGUCUCCACUGGAGUUAUUUGUUCUAGGUAUAUUUGUUUUUUCAGAAAUUGAAGUGGUUAUGAUUAAUUGGUAACACAACUUUUUGUCAUCCAAUUCUGUCAGUAAUUAUAAUUGUGAUUAACAAAUCGGACUGCUGCUUUGCAGUCAUCCAAUUUUGUUAAUCACUCAUAUGGUUACAGACCAAAUUGGACUCCACUUGGUCCUAUUACCAUUAUAAAUAAUUGAACAUGUUUUAUUUUCAGCAUUCAUGGCAAAGCCAAACCAAAACCCUUGAGUUUCCAGGAGUUUAACAGCAAGAUGAGUGACGCAUGGGGUGAAGAUGAUGACGAUGUAAUCCGUGUGGACCCAGAAGAAAAGAAGUACUCCAAACCUGAUUCUCGAGUGCGCACAAUCAGUGGAGGUGAGGUCAGAGCUAGUAUUCCAACUAAUGUGACUUCCAAAGAAACCAAGAAACUUCCAGAACAGUUGGUCAAGAAAGAUGAGCACAAGACAUCUCGUCCUUCUCCUUUGAGCUUACUAAGUAAGUCCUAGAAGUGAUUACAAUGUAACUUCUCCCCAUGAUAUCCAUACAUUAUUAAGCAAACAGGUGUCAAGAAUACUUAAACUGAUCACUUAGAAGUUAUCAUCUUGAUGUACAGUUGUAACUCCAAAUUCUCAAUCCCGAUUUACAUGGAAAUAUGUCACUGCUAAAGGGGAGAAUUAACAAUAAGAUUUUGGGCGUUAACAGGUUUUUAAGUAACACUGCCUCUUUAAAGACGGUGUACGUUCAAUGGUUUAUUACCAAUUAGGGGUGUAUUACUGAAGUUUGAAAUUUUUCUUUUUUGGUGACAAAAACAGUCUUGAUAUCGGUGUUUAAACCUUUUAAUGACUGGUAUCUAAUUUCUCUAUACAGUAUCAGCCCUGAAUCAAACAUUAAGGUCAUGAGAACAAGGGAAAUGAUCAACAACCAAAGAACUCUUGAUUGUUCAACAAAUUCUCCUUUUCAGACCCCUAAGAAAUCUUUAGAGAACAGUAUGGAGAAUAUGCAUACUGAUGUUUGGGCGUAAAGGGUUUUAAAGGAAUCUGAGACUGGUAGUCACCUUAAACGAUAAACACUGAACCAGACUGUGAUGUUUGAUUUUAUAAGUGUUAUCAUCUGAGUGAGAUGCAGUCAUUGCCGAUAUUUAUCAGAAACAAUGAUUUGCAAUUCUAGAGUUCUGGAAAUUUUAUCUUUUAAUCGUUAUUAUUUGAUGAGUUUUAAGGUUAAUUGAUAUUCACCUCUGGAGAAAAAUUAUGAUCCAUUACGAGCCACGAUUUUGACUUUCUUUUCUUUUUUCUUCAGCACGGCACAAGAAUCAGUCAUCAUCUUCAAAGUCUGCUGCCCACUCCCCAUCCCCUCCCCCUGUCAAUCUACAGUCUCCCAAGCCCCCCUCCCCCAUUAGAGCUGUUAAACUGGAAUUUCAAGAUCAAGAAAUACACAAGCUGGAAAAAUUUGGAAAGUUGUUGGCAGGUCCUAACACUGACUUGGGUAAGCAUGCUGUUAUUUCAAGGUAAUAGUGGCAGUGUGGAAAAUGUAUAAGGAAACAGUAUGGGGAUGAUGCAUACUGAUGUUAGAGUGUUUAUGGUUAAACUAUACUAAGAAUUUACCUUAUACUUAAUCUGCAGAUGCAAUAAGGAAACUAAGUUGGUCAGGAAUCCCAGUCACAGUCCGCCCAACAACAUGGCAGUUGCUCUGUGUAAGUCUGUUUAUUUUACAUGUUUGUGAUUGUCUAGCUAGUUAGGGGGUCCUGAGGUGCCCUCAACCUCCCCUCCCUUCCCCUUUGUAAGCCUUUUUUCUGUCAUGUGAACCCAUUGAACCCUAAGAGUGACAAGCAUCUUAUUUCUCCUUACAUUAUCACCCUCAAUUCACACAUUAAGGUUACAAGAAGGAAGAAAAUGAUCACCCACUAAUGAAGCUCGAUGUUUAUAAACAAAUUCUCCUUGUCAGCUCCUUAGGAAAUGUAUACAGAACAGUAUGGAGAAUAUGCAUACUGAUAUUAGGGUGUAAAGGGUUAAAUAACACAUGACAAGGAGAUCAACAUGAUAAUCUAGUGAGUACCCUCUGGUUACGCCCUUGUUCGUCAUUGAACUUUGUCUGCUUGUUAAUUCGGUAGGGUUUGUUAACAAGUGAUUACUGUGUAAGUAGGAUACCCCUUAACUUUUGAAAUCUGAUUGUUAAUUCUCUCCUCUAGCUGCUACACAUUUCCUUGUAAAUUAGUUACAAGAAUUUGGUGUUAGAUCAAGAUAACAACUUCUACUUGAUAAGUUUGAGUGUUCUCAUUACCUGUUUGUUAGAUAAUUUGUGGAUAUUUUAAGGAGAAGUAACAUGUUAAUCAAUUCAGGGUAAACAAUUGUUCUACGUUACUAGGGAUACUUGCCUGCAAAUAUUGACAGAAGACAAGCAACGUUGGAUCGGAAGCGAGAAGAGUACCAUAAUUUUGUCAAGCAGUAUUAUCCAACGAGAUACGAGGAUACAUAUCAUGACACAUUUAGACAGGUAACUAUUUAUACACUUGUAGUUGAGUGAGUUUUAGGCGAGGGAGUCUGGGUCGGGUCGCGUAAUGAACCCGUCCCAAACUUCCUUCGCUUUUUCACUCAACCGCUACGAUCGGGCUGUUUUUGAUAUCACUCCUUUUUUACCAACUGAACGGCUGGAACAGACCAUAGACAGGUUUUACCUCUUCUAGGACGUUGAUGAUUUAAUUUUCUUGUUUCUUGUGUCUUCCAUGAUAUGACUCUUGUUCUUUCACCUGAAAGACAGCAGCAAAGUAUUCAUAACUUGCAGAUAAUUUUUCUAAAGAUCCACUAUUUUUGUGCCAAAUUUAGGUCACCCUUAAAAGUCAUACAAUUAAAACUUCUUUCGAUUAUGUUCGAUUAUUGACGGCAUAAAAUUUGCCUCAGCAACUUGUGUAAGAGCAGUGUACGCAAUGAGGUUUUUCAUCUUGUCACCUCGUUAAAGACUCAUUGUAGUGUGUGUUUAGAAAACCAACUUUCUCUUCUUUCUUUCAUUGAUUCCUAAAUAAAUAUAGGGAACAAGCUUUCAAUUUACUAAUAUCAAAUAUUUUAACAGAUACACAUUGACAUUCCAAGAACAAAUCCUCUGAUUCCUCUUUUUCAACAACCCUUGGUGCAAGAGGUUAGUGAAACCCCUGUUACAGCAUCACAGUGUUUAGAAAUUUGAGAGAAAAAGUGCCACUUGCCGAACACAUCGAGUUGCACUACACGACCAUGGGUCGGUUAUUUAAACAAAGUUUAGCCGUUGUUAAACAAAACCGCGUUCUAAGUCUCUUCAGUUUAGCCGAACCUUUUAUCGCAACGUUUAUUUUUUUAAGCAGUUGCAAGAGCGCCGAAAGCAAAAUAGUGGAAGAACAUUUAUUCUAUUACAUCGACCCCAUUGAAGAGAAUCCCAGAAACUCACUUCUUGAGUAAAACCGCGGUUGGGGUUGAGCUCGUGUAAACAACCGGUUCUUUGAGUCUUAACGUAGAAGUUUUCGUUUCUUGUAGAUUUUUGAGAGGAUUUUGUACAUCUGGGCCAUCCGUCACCCAGCCAGUGGUUAUGUUCAGGGAAUUAAUGAUCUGGUGACACCUUUCUUUGUGGUGUUUUUAUCUGCAUAUGUUGGUAAGUGAAUUGUCAUCAGCAAUUUACUCCUUAAACCUUUGAGUUAAUCUAGAAAAGUUGAUGGUAUCCGGUUAUUCAAGUCCAAUCUUUGACACCCCUAUGACCUGAAGGAGAGCUUUGGGAGAGUAGCGUAGGCUCAUCUUUCCGAACAGCGGCGGGAUAUCACGUCUAGUGCGCACAAUCCGCACACUCAUUGGUCAAACGUAGGGCAUGCGCAAAUGGAUCAAUGUUGGCCAGCCGCGCGCAAAGUUCCCGCGCAAAGUUUUAAGGAUAACAUAAGAAAUCAGUGGCUGUAUCUUAACCGAGAUGCCUUCCUACAGCUCUUUAAAAAAUCUUACCGACGCCCCUGGAAAGAUUCUGUCUCUAUAUCCUCCUUUUGUUUCACUCUUCUUGAAGAUGGUGACCUGGAGAACCACGAUGUCAGCGGUCUUUCACAGGACACUUUGGACACAAUAGAAGCAGAUAGCUUUUGGUGCAUGAGCAAGUUGCUCGAUGGAAUACAGGUGAAUCUAAUAUUGUACAUCCUAGAAAAGCCAUUCACACUUAAGGAGGCUCUAGAGAUUUCACCGAAUCAAAUUGAAGAAAUUCGAAGGCAAAGCCAAAUUAUCACAGGCGAGCGCCUCCCUCUGUGGAGCCACAGCUGAACAACGAAAAUCAUUUUGUUAAUAUUUACUACGGCAAAAAAUAGUUCGAACCUUGCACACCGCCUUUUGAUAGCUUUUAGUAACCUUGAAAAGCCAAAAUAUAAAAAAAUUUCUAAAAAACUACGCUGGCGUACGCUUUAACAUAGCACAAAAACCCUAUAGAGCCUCCUUAAACGUAUUUAUUUCAUCCUUUUUCGCAGUUCCUUUUCUUGUCUUGUUCUUCGCGUGUUUGCGAGAUAUUGGGCUCCGUGAGACGAUCCGUAGUAAUUUACAGUCUUCCGUAAAUUUUUUUGUCCUUGACUAACGGGCAAAAGCUCAUGGAGAAUGCCAAUUUCACUACAUAAUGGUUCUCUUUUCACAGGACAAUUACACAUUUGCACAGCCUGGAAUACAAAUGAAGGUCAACGCGCUUAAAGAACUCAUUCAAAGAAUCGAUGGUAAGAAAAACGAUUGUUCUCCGUCGAAAGGGCCGCUGUUGUGCUAGAUUUUUAUGAGAUAUGAAGCUAGUAUUCCGAGGGUUUACGGAGACGGGGUGGAUCCUGUGUAGAAUGCUCUAGAUUCGAGACCUGGCAGGUUCGCUGUGUUUUUUUCUCGAAUUUAUGGCCCAUUUUGCCAGUAAGCUACAAAACUACAGAAUAAGAGAAGGUUCAGUCUGCGCUGGAGCCACGCGGCUCACAGGGAGCCAAAACCUAUUCCGUUGUUUGUAGCAUGAACCGACUAAGAGAAUUGCUACUUUUCUAGGACAGGAUGCGAGUUCAUCACAGUUUACGCUCAGCAUUAGUUCAAGUUUCCCUGACGUUUCGCUGGAACUCAUUUAACCCUUUUCCUCCCAAGAUCUCAUUAGUAAUUCCUCUGACUGUCUGCCAUACAACCCUUAUAAUAUUACUGGGAGACUUUGGUAUUGGAUCAACUAAUAGUCUCCUUAUUGAUAUUUUUCUUUAUUCUCAUCACUUGCCUGCUUGAUAUUGUAUUGAUAUUGUGAGGAGAAAUUCUUUCUUGGUCACUCAUAGGAGUUUUAAGGGUUAAACUAGUUUGUAGAGAGGUCGAAUCUUCCUUGGGACUUUGCCGUUGUCCUUUUUCUAUGCUCUCUAAUUCACUUACGAAAGAUGUUCUUCCCAUUUUUAUUUACUUACCAGAACCUUUGAAUCAUCACUUGGAGAGAAAUAAUGUGGAAUAUUUACAGUUUGCCUUCCGUUGGAUGAAUAAUCUUCUAAUGCGUGAGAUGCCUUUAAGAUGUACAAUACGACUUUGGGAUACUUACCUGGUAUGUAUCUAUAAAGAAAAUUUCCCUAAUGUUACUUAUGCAGUCCAAAAACCAAAGCCGAAGUAAUUUCAACGGCUGAUCAGAGGAGAAGAAAAUAUUUUCAAGGGCCAAUGAGAACUCAAAAUGAUAAACAGUCGGGGGUAAACACCGGGGGAAAACAGGCGGGGGAAAACACCGGCGACCAAGUCGUGAUUGGAUGUUAAUUUUGCAUCUGAUUUGUUGAGAGUGGCGCGAGUUUCUGUUAAUUUUGCAUCUGAUUGGUUGAGAGUGGCGCACGUUUCUGCUAAUUGUACAUCUGAUUGGUUGGCAGUGGCACGAGUUUCUGGACUUAUCACAGAACAAAGUAAAGUGUAUUGAAAAUUGCCGUGAUAGUUUUGUAUGCAAAUGUUCAUCUCACAGAAACUGAAGACCAUAGUCGCGAAGCGAUUAAGGUCGUCAAAUUAGUGACUUGAGCAGCAAAGUUUUUCGCUUUUUGUUUUUUUUUUACUUGUUUUUUCUACUCAUCGGGGCGACCAAAGAGUGGCAACUUCGAGUACUGCAUUACGAUGUAGUAAUUAUUGCUUGGCAACUUCAAGACCUCUUAACCUAAAAGUGACAAGGUUCUAUUUUCUCUUUACAAUCUCUCCCUUGAAUCAGAUGUUUAAGUCCCGAGAAUAAAGGAAAUGAUCAGCAAUUAACAAAGCUCUUGAUGGUUUUACAAAUUCUCCUUAUCAGCACCUAAGGAAAUGUAUAGAGAACAGUAUGGAGAAUAUGCAUACUGAUGUUAGGGUGUGAAGGAUUAAAAGAUUGAUGCAAUUUAUUUUGUUCGUCUUCCCACUAGGCUGUAGAAAAUGGAUUUGCCUCAUUUCAUCUGUACGUCUGCGCAGCAUUCUUGAAACAGUUUUCAAAAGAUAUUGUUGAAGAAACAGACUUUCAGGUUUGUGGAUAGCUUGUUUCUAGCUUGACAAACUUGACUGAUAUCCUUCGCGAUAGUGAAGUGCUUCUUUAUUCAAGGCGCUCAACGCAAAGAAUUACCGGUCGGAAGGGGUUAUCUAAGAGAGAGAAGCUCGCCACGCCCGACCCUCCCCCCCCCCUCCCUUUUUUUGUCUCUGCUUUAGUUAGUGACCUUUUUACGUUGUAGUGUACAUUCAACGAAUGGUGAGCACUCGCUCAGUUAUGACGUUUGGCUUUAUCCCUUUCAGGGAGAACUUGCUCUGAUUGUUAUUUCGUAUAAAAUUUAUGGAUUCACCUCUCUUCCCCCCCCCGUAAACACUUAGUAAAUAUUAGAACAAAGUUUUCCCGCUGCCUUUGAGUGAAAGCUUUUAUAUCGACGCUUUCAUUUUCAAGGGACACCCAUAUAUGUUUGGUUUGUAUUUUAAGAUCUUCUUAGAUCUAAAAUUUUCGCUGCAAUUCAACGACUCUUUUCUCAUUGGGUAUUAUUUGAUCUUCAAAACUCUCCGUGAACGCGGUAUUUUUUUCCAUUCUACAGGGUUUAAUGCUUUUACUACAGAAUCUACCAACAACGAACUGGGACGAUCAACAAAUAAGCCUUCUGUUGGCGGAAGCUUACAGAUUAGAGUACAUGUUUGCAGACGCCCCAAAACAUCUACAGCACCUCUCGUGAGACGAAUGAAUCGAUACAAUAGUUUGGCCGUGUAAAUACAGGGUACAUACUUAGGUAGAAAGCAGGAUGCAGUCACAAAAUGGCGGUUAAGUGAUAAGAACCGCCCAGCAGUCUCCAAGACUUCGUUACACUAAAAGAUUUUAAAACCGCCAUCUGGGUUUUUUUGCAAGAAUGACAUUGAGACACUGUAAAGUUUAACUGGAUAUAGAAGUGACUUGCUCGAAAUUUUGUUCUAUGAAAGCCUCGAGAAACCAAAUCAGUGAUCUCGAUGGUUUCUUUAUUUUUUCCUUAUCGUCCAUAGCUCUUCAUCUAAAGACCUAGUGACUUUCAGAGCAGUCCGGUGAUAUUUUUACUAUUCUCUCACGUUCCCGUGCAUUAGCUCGCCUUGCCACGAUUGUAGAAUGCGAAAGACGUGUUCUUUUAAAUUAGAAAGUAGGGCCAAUUAACAUAGAGAUGAAAAAAUGGUAUAUUUCCUUUUUUGCAACUUUGCUGGUAGGUAUGAUGUCCUGCGAAAUUUCCUUCUCGCCGCAAUAAUCCGUCUUUUGAUAGUUACAAUAUGGCUUUAAAAAAUUAUGUUUUCAACUCGAUGAAUUUCCUAUAGUUGUAGUCCCACGCAUACCCAUAACUGCCGUCAUGAGGCUAUAAUUAUAUUUUUGUACAGUCUGGAUAAGCGCGUUGUACACGAUUUUCGUGCCUGCCUGACCGAUUGGUAUAAAUCGUUGAUCGAGCAUCACUCGUGAAAUUGAUAAUAAUCGAUAGUUUAGUAAGAUCCAGUCGAUGAAAAGUCGGAGGCAACAUUUUCAUGGUCAGUUCGAUUGCCAUCGUUUGUCUUCGGUUACCAUCAACUGCUACCGAUUGCCAUCAGCUAUCUCCGACUGCCAUCGUUUGUCGUCGGAGAUCUUUGAUCACCAUCGUUUGUCUUCGGUGGCCGUCGGCUAUUUUCGAUUGUCGUGGAACCUCUCCGAUCGAUAUCCGUUGUCUUCGGUUAUCUUCGUUUGCAUUCUAUUGUCUUGGACUAUCUUCAAUUCUUAUCGCUUACUUUCGAUGGACCUUGAUUAAUUAACAACUUUUUGGAUCCGACGCUUGAUUUAGGCUGGGUAUCCUGUGCCUCCUAGUGUGGUGACCUUUCUCGUCCUUCGGUUACAUUUCCGACGCCAUCUUAAACCGUUGCAUAUUCGAAGCAGGUUUCCAAAAAAGAGAAAGGGAAAUCCCUCAGGGUGGCAUAGGUGUAUUAGCUAAGUUUCGAAGAGAAAACAGAUGGAACACUGAGUUUCAUGUCUAAGCGACGUAUUUGGUGAUUGCCCUCUGAACGAGCCGAGUUUGUACGAAGAUGAUCACCCCAUUAGGUUUUUUCGGAAUAUGCUUUCAAGUGAAGUUUCAUUUGAAUCUCUCAACAAUGUCUGUAAAAUGUACAGAAAAUCACUUAUCCGUCUUUGCAUGCCCGACACCUGUCAACCUGUCUCUUACCUCACCUGGUAGGGAUAUUAUCAACAUUCGAAGAUAAAAUUCGCAUCCAAUUGCAGCCCUUUAAAAUCCUCUUUAUAUUCGAUUAAAUCGAAGUAAAUAGAUAAUCUUUAAAAUCUAGAAAUGUUCUUUCACAUUUGUUCAUCAAUUUCGUUGAUCAAUUUUUUCGAUUGGCCUCGACCAAUAUCGAUUUUGAUCGAUUAUGGAUUUAAUCGGCCGGUCAGGCUCGGUUUUUCCGGUGGUUAGUGGUAUCGUUUGUGAAGUUCCCUCACAUUUUAUUUUAGGCAAGCUGGUAUCCCUUGUGUCUAAGAACAAGUUGAAUAUUUUUAUUUAAAUGGCUUUAACCAUAAAAGGUACUUAGAUUGGAAGUUGUAAAGAUUGACGAAAGGAAAUUUUGUCGAUGUUCGGCAACAAUAAAAUAUGUUACAGUUUGGAAACAGUAGUUAUCUAGAGAAAUUUAAUGCUUUUAGUUAUUGACAAGUGCACACUCUAUUUUAUUCGUUGUAUCAAUGCGGCGAAAUAAAGAAGAGAAACCAAAAUUUGACCUGGCAUACGACCAAUCCCCAGCUGUCAUUUUAAGACACAGGGAUUGAACAGGCACACUCGGGUCUGCAAUGCGGGACCACCCAGCGUGGAGGUCUUUGAUGCGACACAUCCCCGCCAAGAAUGAUAAUUACGAGAGGAUUUGACAGAACUGGUGAGAAGUGCGUUCGACCACAUUUUUUCUCCAGAAUUGGAACAAUAGGUUUGGAAUGAGAUGCCCUUACAAUUGAGAAAUCUUUCAAAGAAUUGAGUUCGAAAAGUAAAUAAAAGGAAAACUCGGACAUUCUCACUCUAGAAGACUCUUAUAUUGUCACACAAAUCAUCCAAAAGGUCAAGCCUUCGUGAAAUUUUUAACGAAUUAAAGCGAGUUUUUCAGCUGCCAACAUGUUAUAUUCUUAGUUAGUCCUUAGGCAACUUUGUAGUUCUAUUUCCUUUAUGAUAUGGUAAAUUUAUUUCUUCUGUAACUGUGAAACUGUCCUAUUAACGACAUCAUUAGAUUAUAAGUAAUUUUUGAACGCUUAUGUAAUAGUUUUACUUCUAACUUGCGACCCGCCUAGAAUAGCACUCAAGCUCUCUGUGAGUGUAUGAAAAUC